CGGCAGUGCCCUGUGCAUAGCGGGUGGCAGACCAGUCAAUUUUCGUCACCUGGUCCAGAUUGGCUGUUGGGGCGGUGGGUGCGAGCUGAGUGUGCUGAAGGGGAGGUGAUCGUUUGAUACUUUUCAGGGUGGGAGGUGAUGAUUUGGAGGAAAUCGUUCUGGUUCCAUUUUUAUUUGCUAUAAUGAGCGCUUCGUUUCUGUUGUCAGGCGACGAAUGUGAUCUAACGAGAUUAAGAUGAUUAGGAUGGGUACGAGGGCGCGGGUGUUCUAGAAGAGAAUUGUCGUCUUCAUCUGUAUAAAAACUGGGGAUCUGCUGGGCUAGGACAUCAGUAGAUUCGGUUCUCUCGAUAGGAGCAGGAAGAACAAGUUCUAUUGUUCUUCCCUAUCAGUAGAGAUCGUGAGAGUGAUAAGUAUUGAAUUGAAUUGGGGUGCUGUGCGAUAAGUGAAAUUGUGUUGCAGAGAAUAACGAAGGAUAAGCAACAUAGUUUUGCUUGGUUAAAGGACUUUUAUUGUGAUUUACUGAAACAAGUGUUGUAACUAAAAAAAGUGAAUUUCAAGGACAUUUGUGAACUGCUUAGCAGUUCAUAUAUUUUAGAAAUCAUGCAACGAUCCGUAAAAAGGAUAAAACUUCUUAAGCAGCUCUGUCGCUGUUUUCUCCUGCUAGCCAUUGCCAUUGUCGUGACGAACGCGAAACCUGAAGCGCCAGUCAAUUCGUAUCUACCGCCGUCACAUGGUCACAACGGGUACCACGACGAUCACCACCACGAUGAUCAUCAUCACCACGGCGGCGACGAUCAUCAUCACACGGAUUUAGUUCCUCCGUCGUCGAGCUACGGGACGCCGGAUAGCAGUUAUGGACCGCCCCAUCAUCAUUCGGGGUUCGAUGAACAUCAUGAACAUCACGAGCAUCAUGAGCACCACGAGGAAAAUAAUGACUCGUUUGAUGAUGAACCGGCCAAGUAUGAAUUCACAUAUGAGGUAGAUGAUGAAGAUCGGGAUCUGUCGUUUGGACAUGAGGAAGCUAGAGACGGAGACUACACUACCGGAAAGUACAACGUUCUGCUCCCUGAUGGAAGACGACAGAUAGUCGAGUACGAAGCCGACCACAAAGGGUACCGUCCGAAGAUCACCUACGAAGGCGGAGACGAACAUCCCCACCAUCACGAUCACCCCCAUCCGCACCACCACGACGGCCACUCCGGCUACCCGCACGAGUCGCCUCAUAACCAGCUGGGCUAUCCGAAGGAGUCUCACCAUGACUUCGAGCACGAACACGAGCACGAUAACGGGCACAGCCGAGCGGAUCACAACGUGCACGAUGGUCAUGGCGGUCAUCAUGGUUACGAUAGCAAUGCUCACGAGUAUCACAGCCACAAUGGGCACGACCACGGGCACCAUCAUCGGCGCAACUCGGAUGAUAGCGGCGGCCACGGCCACGGGCACGGAAACGGAAAUGGGAACGGAAACGGACAUGGACAGCAUGGCGGACACAAUGGCAAUGGGAACAAUGGGCACAAUGGGAAGCAUCAUCGUCGUGGUGCGAACGGAAACGGACAUCACAAUGGCAACAACGGGGGACAUCGUAACAAUGGUUAUCACUAGGAGUUAGGGGAUUUUUGAACAGUAUUUGUAGUUUUUUGGUGUACAAUGGACCCAAACUAGAGUGAAACGACGAACGGCGCAAUAUUGGAAGAAGUAUCGGAUAAAGGAGGCUCAACAAUGCAUACUGCGAAAAAAGCAUUUAUUUAAUCAUGAUAGUACCAAGUACAAAUUAGUUUAAUUAUUAUUUAUUCCUUUACAAUUGUUUUCAACGCUGCAUUUAAUAUGCUAUAAUGCCAGUUCAAUUACCAAUUAACUUCUCACAGACAAUUAGUGACCAUAAAUAAGUGGCAUCAAUUUGUUGUCCAUCGAGAGUAGAUAGGAUACGAUAAUGCUAAAGUUUAUCACAAUACGCAAUAAAGUUAUCUCAGCAAAACGAUCAUCGAAGAAGAAGCAAAACUCUUCAACCUGCGAACGCGGUUGGAGGAUUCGAUGAAUCGAAAAAAUA